AUGAUCGAACGGUACAAACGAAUUCUCUUCAUUCUCUUCGUCAUUACCAUUUUGACUCUUCUUCUCUUCAUGCUCUAUACUGGAAAAUGGUCUCCACACUCAUCAACAACCUUUUCUUCACUACUUCUUCAAAAACAUGUUUGUCCUCCCACCACCACCACCUCGAACACCAACACAACAACCUCUUCCUCUUCCUCCUCUUCCUCCUCCUCUUCCUCCUCAUUAUACACAUGGAAUUUCGGUCAUGGUUCAAUUCAACCAUUAAAACCCAUUCCGACAUUACUUUUACCCUUUCGACAAGAAAUUCCAAAUGAAAUUUCUCCUCACCUUUUAAAUGCUUUUGAAAAAAGAUUUCCCAAUCACAACGUGAGAGAAAAUCAUUCCUUUCUUAAGAAGGGAUUUUCAGAGAGACAACAAUUUCUUCAAUUCAUGAAUGGAUCAAAAACAUUGGAAUCAUUUGCUUAUUGCAGUACAGAUGAUUAUAAACCUCCUCUCCAUGGUGGUCUCUAUAAAUCCUGUCAAUUUAAUAAUAUUUGUUUAACAUCGAGUGGAAAGUGGAAAUUAUUUAUGAAUCCAAAUAAUGCUUUGAAAUUGGUUCAACAAUUAAAUUUGGAGAAUGUGAAAAGAAAGGACAUUUUUAUUGAAUCGAAUACAAGAAAGAUUUUGAAUCCACAACUCUUUGAUUCUUCCAAACAUAAACUCAUUUGUCACACGGCAUGGGAAUGGCUUUGUUUCACACCUUUUAUUGAAUCCAUUAUUGAAUUUGAAGAAGAUGAAAGAGAGAAGAAUAUCUCUUCACACUCCUCCUCCUCUACUGCUACCUCAACUACUUCAACUAUUAGUACUACUACCAUUAUCAAAACAAGAGAUUCUUCCAUUCAAUUAUCUCCAAAUUUUGUUUGGUACACAGAUUCUGUAGUGGCAAUGGAACGUGUGUGGGUUCCUCUUAAUUUUGGACAUGCUAUUUUAGAAGAUUUAAUUCCUGCCUUUACCAUGUUACAAACAUUGAAUGCUCGAGUCGAUCGACCUCUCUUCAUGACUGAUGAAAGACAUUUGAAACGAGUGGGAACGUUUGUGCAUCAUCAAAGUGCCAUUGAAAAGCAUGGUUUAAAAACAAUUGAGAAAUGGAGUACAGAAUGGAUGGGAAUGUUAACUUUGGGAAAACCAUUGGCAUUAUGUUCAGGAGGAGGAGAGAAUUUAUUUUCCAUUCAGGAUCAUCCAUGUCCUGCUUCGAGUGAUGGUGGUGGUGGUAGUAAUGACAAGAAUGGUGAAACACUUCAAGCAUGUUUUUCAUCAUUCUCGUUUGGAUAUCACUCUAAAAUGCUCUAUGAUGGUCUCACCGAUCGAGAAACUUUUUUGUAUCAAUUUAGAGAUUAUAUUAUUGAGAAUUGGAAUUUGAAAGAUCUUGUAUAUACUCCAAAAUAUAAACGAGAACAAGGAACAUUCUUGAUUGGAGUUCAAAAGAAACCAAAAGGAACACUCAAUUUGGAUCUUAUUGAAAAUUGUGAAGAGAUUGCUCAAUAUUUAACUGAAAAUGUGCAACUCAUUAAGAACAAGGUUGGAAAAGAUGUUCAAGUCAUGGUUGUUGAAUUGGAUAAAAUGUCCAUGAUUGAUCAAGUUCUUUUUUUCAUUUAUGAACUUGAUAUGUAUAUUACCACACAAGGAGCAGCCUCUUAUUACAGUUUCUUGAUGAAAAAAGGAAGUUAUUUGAUUUAUGCUCCAUCAUGUUCGUCAGAAACAAAUUCAUGCACCGAUGUUCGUAUUAGUUUCCAGAGACCAUUGUCACACUUGGAAAUUACAUCGAUGGCGAGAUUUGAUGUGGAAAUGCUUGAAUGUUUGAAUCGAAAGCCAGGAACCAAACCAAAAAUCACUCACGAUCCAAAACUUGUGGUCACUGAAGGUUGCAUUUUGAAGGUGAACAAGGAAAAGAUGUUGCAAAUGGUAUUGACCUCUCUGUAA